CUUCAAAGUGCGGCCAGUAUUCGUAGUGUACAGUGAAGCUUUCGUCCUUGUUCCGAGCUUCUGAAAGCCAUGCAUCUUGGAGCUAUCCUUCUUGCGUCAGUCUCAACGAUGUGGCUAAGCUGUACAUCAGCAGCAGCCGGUCUUUGUUGGAGCUCCAUGAAUCGCAAUGGGCGAUGUACUGCAUCUCUUCGUGCCAACGUCUCUCGAGAAGAAUGUUGUUCCGAUAAUAGCGCCACCACUGCUUGGAGUCGGAAAGACUUGCGUUCAGGAGAUCUGUUCUUCUGGAGGGUUCUUGGCGGUGGAGUGCCAUGCCAACUUUGUAAAGAUACUUGCGAUGGAGUAAAAUGUGGAGAAGAGAAGAAGUGUAGAAUAAAACGGGGACAUCCUCAGUGUGUCUGCAGACCAAAAUGUCCCAAACGUAAACGCCGUCUAGGGGCAGUAUGCGGUAACGACGGAAACACGUAUAAGCACGUUUGCAAAUUGUUAAAAGUCCAGUGUCGAAAAGAUAAGAAUCUGGCUGUGGCUUACUUCGGCGCAUGUCAAGACAAUGGAUGUGAGAACGUUAAAUGUCCUGGGAAAAAGUCAUGCGUUGUGGACCAGAACCGCCUCCCCCACUGUGUCCGUUGUAAAAAGGUCUGCCGUCCGCGACUCGGUUCGCGCCACGUCUGCGGGUCCGACAAUACGACUUACAAUAGUUACUGCGAGCUACGCCGAACUUCUUGUUUGAGUGGACGGUCCAUUCAAGCCGCCUAUAAAGGAAGGUGUAAAGCAAUUGCCACUUGUGAAACCAUCACGUGUCGGCGUAAUAAAAAGUGUUUGAUUGACCCUAACUCGGGGCUUCCCAGGUGUGUUCAGUGUCCACCCACAUGUUCCUGGCUACCUGCAAUCCCACUGUGUGCUUCAAAUAAUGAGACUUACAGCAGCUGGUGUGAAAUGAUGGUCGAUUCCUGCAAGAUAGGAGUUGUCUUGGAAACCAGACAAAGUAGACCCUGUGAUGAAGUUAAUGAGUCCACUUUGGCGAAGUCGAGUAUGAAUCCUUUGGAACAUAAUCGGUAUUAGAAAUCAUGUGACAGAUCAGCAGAAGGACUUUUGUUUAGAUGACCUUUGGUAAAACCUGAACCCGGUCAUAUAUUAUUAUUAUUAUGUUGUUGUUUAAUUUACCUUCACAUUCCGGCGACUAGCUUUCUGAAAGUGUCUCCUUUCUUUAUCAAAAUGCUUUUAUUAUUGUCGCCUUGCAGAAAUAAUGGACGUUCUUUGGGAGGUUAAAAGGCAGUCACUGAUGUCAUAAUACAAACAUAAAAUAAACUCGCAUACCUUGAUUGAUCUCGAGAUAGUCUUAUGAAGACACGCAUUCAUCUUCAGAUGAUAUCGAAGAAACUUGUAGUAGUAUUAAUUGUUUAUUAUAGAUAUAAUAACAAAAGUUUCGGCUGACACAUAUACUUAGUUAUAUGAGUAGACGACACCUUCAUUUUUUUUUCCUCCAUUGAAGCUUAAUGUUAUUGAACUUAUAACAUACAUAAUUGGACAAUAUAUAUAUAUAUAAAGCUAAUUUGAAAUUAUAUAAAGUAUAUCUAAUCUUCAAUCAUAAAUUUUUAAUACAGGUAAUAUGCUUAAAAUGACCAACGAUCUGAAAAUAGUUGGUAUACAUUGUGAAGCGUAAAGUGCGCCAUCUGUUAGUUAAAUGGAUCAUUAAAGGGAAACAAAAGCUUACUUUGGUGUACAAACUAAUAUAGAAAUAAGAAUAUUUAAUAUUCAAAAUUGGAUACUUUAGCUACUCUUUUAAACAUAAUUUUGGAUAUUUUCGUUAUUCCUUUUAAAGAUGAUUUUAUAUUUUCGGUGUCAUAACUUUCUAUUGGUUAACAAACAUUAUUAUUAACAGAUGGCGUCAGUUAUAUGAAACCAAAGGUUAUUUGUACCAUAGAGAGUAAACAUUUAAUCUUCAUUUUUUUCACUUUAUGUUUGAGUUAUUUUCAUUAUAUCAAGCCCAUUUUUAAAAUAUAAUAUGACUGGAGUGAAUUUUUUUUUCUUUUAUCCUGUGUUUACUUAUGAUUAACACACAGUCGAGAUAUACGGGUCAUAGCCAUGGAAACUUGUACUUUUUUUUUUGUUAAUUUGCAUGAAUAGAAUUCUUGUGAAGGCAAAAAUUUGAA